GCAUGCAGUCACAUGAGAACGCGCCAUGGCUUCAGUUACCUCAACCAGUCGCUCAACGCGCUCCUCCCGACGAAGUGGCGCCGGCCCGUCCAGCACCAGCCCAACCCGGCUCUCACGCAGCCAGGAGAAAGAGGAGCUUAGCCAUCUGAACGACCGCCUGGCCGCCUACAUAGAGCGUGUCCGCCAGCUGGAGAAUGACAAGUCCUCCAUGCUGCUUCUCCUGGAGGAGAAAGAGGAGUCCACUACCCGGGAGACGGCCAACGUUCGGCGGCUGUACGAGGCGGAGUUGGCCGACGCGAGGAAGAGCUUGGACGUGCUGGCGAACGAAAGGGCCCGGCUGCAGAUCGAGAUGGGUCAUCUUUCUGAAGAGCAUAGUAAACUACAAGCCAGGAACCAGAAGAAGGAAGCAGAGUGUAACAUGGCCAUGGGUCAGUGGAGGAACUUGGAGGCGGUCCUCAACUCUAAAGAUGCAGAGCUGGCCAAUCAACUGGCAGAUAACAGAAGACAGGCUGAUGACAUCACUGACCUAAAGACCCAGGUGGCCAAUUUGGAGUGUGCGCUGGCGGAGACUAAGACCCAGCUGAACUCUGAGAUGUUGAGGAGGGUGGACCUGGAGAACCAGGUGCAGACGCUACGGGAACAGCUCGAGUUCCAGAGGCACAUCGAUGAACAGGAGGUCAGGGAGAUCCGGAGCAGACACGAGAGUCGCCUGGUGGAGGUGGAUUCUGGGAGACAGAAAGAAUUCGAGAGUAAGUUGGCCGAGGCCAUGCAGCAGCUACGGCAGGAGCACGAUGGACAAAUCCAGCAGUAUAAAGAGGACCUGGAGAAGAAUUUCAAUGCCAAGCUAGAGAACGCCCAUCAGACGGCGCUGAAGAGCAGUGACUUUGCAUCGUCCACCAGAGAGGAGCUGUCUGGCACCAAGCUCCGCAUCGAGACCCUCUCCUCCCAGCUCAAUCACUUCCAAAAACAGAACGGGGCCUUGGAGGGGCGUGUGCGGGAGCUGGAGCGGACCCUGGACCGGGAGCGCGAGGUGUGGCAGCAGCGGCUGAGCCACAAGGACGAGGAGAUGUCGGCCAUGCGGACCCAGAUGCAGAGCCAGCUGGAGGACUACGAGCAGCUGCUGGAUGUCAAGCUGGCCCUGGACAUGGAGAUCAACGCCUACCGCAAGAUGCUGGAGGGAGAGGAGCAGAGACUCCACCUCUCCCCGAGCCCCUCCCAGCAUGGGGCUGUGGCACGCACGCAUGCACACGGUGCCCGCCGUGUUGUCCGCGGGAAGAAACGCAAGAACGAAGGUGGUACGGGGUCCUCGCCGGCCUACAAGGUCACGCAGCACGCCAAGGCACACAGUCACGUGAUGGUGUCGGAGAUAGACCUGAAGGGGAACUACGUCACGCUGAAGAACAACUCUGAGAAGGAGCAGCCACUAGGGGGCUGGGUGGUGAGAAGGAGUCACCUCGACUCUCCUGAACUCUUCUUCCAGAUCCCACUUUCCUACAUACUGGCUGGGGGCAACACGCUUACUAUCUGGGGUUCGGAGGCAGGCGCAGAGGCCUCUCCAGGUGACCUGGUCAUGAAGAACCAGAGGAACUGGGGUCCGGUCAAUAACGUGAUCGUCACCCUACUGAACCCAGAUGAAGAGGAGACCGCAGAGCUGCGUGUGCAGGAGAGAGGAGAGGAAGACUCUGAUGUGGAGGUUGAUGAAGAGUUUAUGGAAGGGAGUGAUGUUCACUACCUCAGGAGACAGCCCAAGAGAAAGAAAAGGAAGUGCUGUCUGGUGUUGUGAACAGCCUGUCUCAUGACAGACAUACCGCUGGAGGUUCCGGUGGGAACAAACGAGAGUUGCUCCGUUAUGUAGCUCCUCAACCCCUCCUCCUUUCACAAUUCUGACCUGGGAAUGCUGCAUCCGACCCGGGAAUUCCCGGGAAAACCACUGGAAAGGCUACAAUGACAACCUAUUCCCUAUAUAGUGUGUUACAGGUAGGGCACUGCACAGGGAAGUGGGUGUCGUGACAGACUGGCCGUGUCACAGUUGGUAUUAUUUAGGGAUCCUGUGUGAGCUUGAUGGUGAUUUGGGAGCACUGCUACAUAAACAUGUGUGAUUUCAAUGCAGGUUUUUCCUAAACUAAUGCAAGUGUUUGGUUGAUUGAAUAGUUGCCUGUACCUGGAAAAAGAAUGGAUAGCCCUUUAAAAUUGCAGAUCUGUUUGUGCUGUCUAGUCAACUCCUCUAAACAGCACAAACCGAUCUGGGACCAGGCUUGUAUUCUUUAAGCAGCGACAUGGCAUUUGUCCUGCUAUUCUGGCGUUCAUAAUGCGUCUCCUCUCGCUUGCUGUGAGUGACAUUCAUAUGCCCCUUACGGUCUUUAAAUGCGACAUUCAAUUUGUCAUUGUCAAAAAGUUUUAAAUAAAAUAUGUUUCAUUUGUCAUACAGUAUGAAUAUGCCUUGUGUCCUGACUACGUUUAAAAUCCCGGUUGGGAAAAUGACAUGUCAAUCUUGUAUGGUAAUACAGUAUGUUAGUGCAAUAACUAACUGUAAGAUGAAUGUUUUCUGGUAUUUUUACCCUUUAACCUGCAGCACUUUUUGCCAUUGAGCCAAGAGGAAUUAUAAACUGAAUAUAUCCAUAGUACAAUGUGGAAAUAUUUCAUGAUAAUUCUGAAGUAUAUGGGCAGUAUUGUUUUCCCAUGUUUGACAGGUACUUUGGUGGCUUUGCAAUAUUGUUUCUCUUUUUAUUUUCUGAAACUUGUUCUUUCUAUUUAGAAAACAACUAACUUUAACAUCCUCUAAACGUCUGAUUGUCUUGUGAAGAAACUCUGAUGUUGGCUUGUCAGUGUCUUCCAUAUAUAUGGAUUCCUUUUGCACCAAAAUACUUAGUUAUGAUUUCAAUAAAGAUUUUUCCUUAACUAA